CGCAAAAAGACACCUGGCGCAGAAAUUUGCAGCACGGUUUCAAGAGCUAGAGGCUUGGCGAGAUGAGGCGCUAAAACGAGACGCGUUUGGCAACGUUUUCAUGCUGGAGAUUAUGACUGGUGUUUAGCUUAGAGAUUAUGACUCGUGUUUAUGUUGGAUAUUGUGACUCUUCACUAUAUCGCGACAUAGAUGGAUCAUAUACCCAUUCGGGACGCUCUGGAACGGAAUGGAGCGACAAAUGGAGCAACCUUUAGGUGUACCUUUUAUCCCUUCAUACCUGCUUUUCGCGGUAUGCGUCACAAAUACGAGCUAGCCCGAGCCCGAGGCAACAAGCAGACGGAGAUGCUGCUUGAGUUAGGGCUACCGCUACAGCAUCCCCAGCAUCGUCCCUGGCUCUUUUGUUUUUCUACUUGAAAAAAAAGCCAAGCACUCAAGGACUACGCUCUCAGGGAUGAUGGGAACGCGGUAGCCCUAAUCGAGAGCGAAAAGAAAAUUGCCAAUCUGACUCGCGAAUUGGAGAAAUUGACCAAAGAUCGUGACGGACUAAUCCAGGUUCGAGACGCCCUGCUUGCAGACAAAAACCAACUACAUUAUGAAAAGUGUCUGGGUGAAAAAUAUUGUUGUUGCUUUCAAUGGAAAAGACGUGGAUGUACUAGUCAGAAGUACUUGUUCUGAAAUUCAUAGUAGAAGGACUUUCUUGAUGUUCAGAGAGAUUGAUUGAUCCGCAAACGUAUUGUGUUUCAUGAAGUCAGAAUGGUCUUCAUCGUCUCGAAAUUUCGAUUCCCAAAACUUCGCUGUUCUAAGGACCAACCGAGGCCGUUCCGAUGCUGCAGGAAGAAACCCUCAUUUGGCGUGGCAGGUUGUACCAGACGAGACAAGUGCUCCAAUUAGCCGUUCUAAUGAACUGGUAUAAGUUAAGCCUUUCGGAAUUGCAUUCCCCACGAGCAUCCCUGGCUUUUUGUUUCUAGAAGAGAAUGAGAAGGGAAGGAAGAUGUUCUGAGGAAUGGACUGCCGUAACCUCUAAAUAAGCUGGUCGCUAUGCAUGAGAAGGACCGUACGAUUGCAUGGCAGCAGACGUUCAUCGCGGAACUCGAAGUGCUAAAAGUAAAGUAUGCGGAAGAACAGCGGAUAUGCCAGGAAUUGAGAGCGGAACUCGAAAUCAAAGAGGAGAAACUGGAACAGAUUUAUGCUGCACGCAUUCUGGAGUUCACGUAGUCCGAUAAAGUAAGUAACCGAGUUACUGACUGAAGUAAGGGGCGUAGCUUAACAUCAAGACUACUCUUCUUUCUCAUCAGUAUCUCGGUUAUUCUCGUCUGUUACUCGCUUAUUUCAGUUUUUCAAGUAAUUUGUUUACACUUAUAAUUUCGCACACUCAGGAGUUCUAUUCGAUCCAGGAGUUCAUCUAGUUGGACCGUUGAAGUAUAGUACCUAGUCGGACCGUUAAAGUAAAUAUAUGAGACUUAAAUGUUGUAUUAGGUGUCCCGGUACUCAAAUGCCUGAACAUUUACACUACUACGAUUAAGAUGACGCAAGAAUUGUUGAAGUUUUCGCAUCUAACAAUUGGCAGCUUUAGAAGCGGAGCGUGACGAAAUGGCAAAAGAGCUUAAAACGCUUCGUAGACACAACAAGGAGUUAAAGGUCACGUUAGAAAGUCGCGUUAUUACGGCCACCGCUAAAAAAGCAUCCAAGAGAGCGUCCUCCUGCAUCGUGAUCCUUCUCUCUUUUUCUAUUUAGUUGAAAAAGAAGCCUUUCUGAGGAAAUAUGUGUUUACGACAUUACCCAAGGGAGAAGGUGAAGGAGAUGCAAACGCGGUAGCUCUAACGUUACCAAACCUGUUCUCCCUGCACGCUUUUUGUGUAUGCGCUGCAGCAACGAAGUGUCUCAGCGAUCCUCGACAGACCACGAGGGAUCCUCUUCGCGAACAACGUCUCUAGUAAGGGAGACGCCGUCAACGUCUCUAGUGCAUUCUGCCAGUUUCAACAAGGUCUCUACUGGCCAACUGGUUGCACCAGAUCCUUUGUUCGUGCCGGGAUCUGGCAUUCUGCCCACUGGAGGAAGCAAGGCGUCGCGUGCGGCGCAGUUGACCGAGGCACCGAACGCAGACACCGCGCGGGACCUCUUGAGAGGAACGAACUUUUUACCACGCGUAGUGCUGCAACCCGGAACAUCUGCGAGAACUACGCGGAAACGUACUGACAAAGAUGAUUUCGAUCGCAUAUUUUUCAAGGAUCCUGCUGGGUAA